AUGAGGGACGGACACAGGCCUCUCCGCACCCGCCUCACAGAGGAGCAGGGAGCGGGCGCCGCCUCGAACAGAGCCUCGUGCAGAGAACUGUGGAGCGAGAGAAGGCAGGAGGCGAGCCCUGGACCAGCAGAUGCCGCUUCCUGGGUGAGGAGGCCUGCGGCCGAUGCCCGGGGAGAUCCAGGAAAGGAGGAGUCAUCUCUGGAAACAAAGCAUGACCCGCGUGGCACCAGCCCCUUGCUUCGCAGUGGCCUCGAAGCGCUUCCACGGUGGCAAGAAGCAGUAGGAAGAAAUUCAGCCUCAGCGGCUGCGCAGACCAACCCUGCGGGUCUGUCCUCGGCUCCUGCAGGGGAGCGGGGUGUGGGGCCGGCCCGUGGCGUCGGGGAGGCUCCUGGCACGGACUGGCCGCGGGCAGUGCCCAGGGCCACUGGCGGCCACAGAGGACGGAGCCACGGCGGAGAGUCCCGGGGGUCAGGACUGCUGGGCCGGCAGAGAGGGUCGGCAAAGGGGGUUUCUGAGGAUGACCCGCCCCGUGCUUUCCUGGAGAAGCUGGACUCUGCGUUGGCACCCUCUUGCCUGCGAUCCAUCCUGCUGCACGCACAUCCCCUAAUAUUCUUGAAUAAUGAGAUGAAAAGUUUUUUCCCUGGCCAUCCAGAGCCCAUGUUUUCAGAGCCAAGAGUAGAGUACAAGAAAAUGCUUUCAUGGGAAAAAAGUACCUCAGAUGAUCUGCAGAUAACAGUGGCAUCACUGGCUGCACAAGCUUUUGAAUGAGCAAAUCUGUUAUGCCGUGGUUAAGGUACAGGCAGAACAAUAAAAAUAGUGAGACUAAGCGCUGUCCUCGAAUGCUUUCUUUUGCGUUAACUCUGGACGCACACGGCGCGGCAGUGAAGCUCCGGCUUUGAUUCGUGAGACCAGACAGACUUAAAGUCAGUGAAACUUAUGCCCACAGAAAGCUGGUUGAUACGGAAGGCAAUCUCUGUGUUUGAAAGACAUUUAGGAUUGGGAAGCCGAGUCAAGGAGGUUAUUGACAUUGCCUUAUACAGCUGUCAUACGAGAAUCGAAAGCUGCAACAGCAAGCUUUAAGUUCACCUUCAGCACCAUCCGGCAGGGCCGCCGUCCCAGGCACGCUCUCUCCAGCCUGUUCUCUGACCAUCUGAUGAGAGUAGAUAUUUGUAAAAGUCAACCCUGCUGGGCUUGGUCUGAGCCAGGCCAAGUUGAUGGUAAGCUGUUGUCAUUUCUGCGUUAUGUAGAAUAAUUUGAGCAAAAGCUGAUAUCUUUUCUCACACCCCUUUCCUUCCACUUGACUUGCAAUUUACAUGGAGGCCCUACGGUGAAAGUUGCAAUAUUAACAUUACCUUUACCUUUAGAUAACUUUUCCUCAAACUAGGAACCUUAGCAGCGUUAACCCAAAAUAAAAAAUGAGCUUGAGCCUGUCUGCCGGAGCUCAGUCAUAGAGGAAAAAAAAAAAGCAAGUAUUUCCCCUUACAGAAGGUCUCCAGCUCCUAGGAGUUUCGAUGUCUCCUGCACUAAACCUUUUUCUGCGCUGACCCCUUUUGUCGUGUGCUGGUAAUUUGAUGACAGGCACUGAAGAGCGGAAGUUUUUCAGGAGCCCAAAGAAGACGCCCCAUUUCCGGAGUUACUGAUUGCAUAUAUCAGUUUAUAUUGCGUGCUAAAUUACCAUGCCGUGUGCUAUUUUAGUGUUCUGGGAAAAUGAAAAAUAAAACCUGUUCUUUAGCAUAAUAAAUGUCUUAUUUUACGUGUGUA